UUUGCCAGCAGCUCCCUGCGUUGCUUUGCGUCGGCCGACGGGUAACCAGCCGUGGGGUCACCAGAUAAAUUAUGUCAAACGGAGUGGUGUUACGAACGUGAGCGACUUCGGGAUCCGUUGUGCUUGCACAGGAAAAGUAUCGCAAAGUGCGCGUUCGUAGGAGUCCGGUGCGGUUCCGAUGCGAUUUCGAAAACUGGCCGUCGUUUUUCCGGGCUUUCGUUAAAUGAGUGCUAACUUUGAAUGAUCGUUCAAGAACCUGUGCUUUGCUACUCGUCCCCGCACAAAUGAAUGUAUCUAUAUCGAUUUCAUUUAAAAAAUCAUGCUGACCCUGCACCAUCGAUUAGAGGAGACGUUUAUCCGAAGAUGGGGUUGAAGCGACGGCGCAACAAAGAGGGGACUCGAUGAGGUGAUUAAUUUUUCGGCGGCCGAGGUGGUGUAGAAGAAGAUGAUGACUGCCAUGGCUAGGUUGCCUUGUAAGCAGACUUCGCCUUCGCAGCAGCAACGGGUGAACAAUUUUGGGAACAGUCGAAACACCUACUGGGACAUGCAGCCCAGGAAUCCGGCACCCCCGUACGUCAGGAAUCAUCAUCGGCACGUGGAUCAUACCGGGAAGCGGAAGAGCGCGGUCGAGCUGCUCCAGGAGACGAAGGCCUUCUACGUGAAGAGCGAGACCGUGCUGGACCGGAAGCAGGAGUUGAAGAACAGCGGGCAUCUUCAGGUGUCGCAGCUGACCGCGCCGGGAGCGCCGCCGAGGCUGCUCAGGAAGUGCGGCGGUACCGCGGCGCCGACAUGCUCCAUGCAACCGACGUCACCGUCGCAGCUGCCACCCGCUCAGCUGACGCCACCCUGUUGCUGGGCAUCCUGCCACGAACAGGACAGGCCGGACGGGAUUCUGAAUCCUCAACAAUCACUGCCACCCGCGCUGCCACCGAAGAGUCCGCGCCUGGUUCCCGUUCCGCAGCGGCGCACGAUUUCAGGGCCGCCGAGCAGCACCGGCGGAGAUCAGCUGCAGACGAAGCUGCGUCGGCUGCUGAACACCGACAGCAAGGAGAAUGUAUUUUUCCCCGACGGGCCGUCGCAGUCCGUCAUGCAGCCGAACGGUAUCCCGCAGGAGGAGAAAUUCCGGUACUCGCCUGGAAGCCUGUCGCCGAAUUUCCGCGACGAGGAUCGCGGGAAGCACUGUUUGCAGCAAGACGCUCGCUUCAAAUUCGGGCGAAGUAACUCGCACUCGCACACUUCCGGUCGGGCCGGAAGAAAAUCCACCAGCUCGCCGUCGGUGGAGAACACGGUCUGCCACAAAUCUUUGCCUGACCUUCACACGAGCACCCGGCGUCGAGCGUCGCUGUCGCCGCGCGCAUCGACGAAGUCGACCAAGCCGUCGGGCCACCAUCCAUCCUCGAACAAUUGCCCGGAUUGCGAAACUAGUUCAGAUUAUUCGGAACACAGUUUCAAGCGGGACUCUGUUUGCUACCGCAGUUCCAGGCAUAUCCGACGUUCUUUGGGUUCCGGCGGCGGCGAUGCCAGCAGCGUGCUGUCGUCCGGAGGUCGAACUCAAAAAUCAUCUGGCUCCAGUAAAUUGAGUCAUGGAGCAACCGCGAGGGACUCCGGCGGAUCAUCCGGGCAUUGUACUCACAGGAGCGAACCGCCGCCAAUUAUACAAGACUGUUGGAGUCACAUACGUCGUGACAGUGGUGCAUCUACCCAACACUCGACGGAAAAGGAUCGCUCGAGGAAAGGUAGUUACGCUAACGGUACCCCGCUUUCUGUCGUGAGACAUUACAGCCCCGAUUCCGAAAGUAGCAACAGUCAAACGGAUUACAGUCCGACGUGCAAUUCGAGGUUUUCCGACGGCUGGAAAGAAGGCCGUGGUCGACCAAUUCUGAGAUCGAAAUCAGAUAUCAGUGAUCGUUACUGGCGUCAGGAUAACGGUCGAUCCAACAAAGUACCUGCUCGGCCCCCACGGUCAAUCACUCAGCUCGAGAACUUCUUCGACCGUUUGGGUCUUGACUCGGAUAAUUAUCAGCGUAUCACUGAACCAGACUCAAAGACAUCGUCUCCCGUAUUUUUUGAUAGCGUUAGUUCCGUCGACUCGGCGUUAGGCCUUUACUCGUGGGUCGGCAAUAACCAGACGAACCAGAGCAGUAGUCAAUGGCAGAACAAUAAUUGCAGCGUUGGCAUGGGGAACGACGAUUGCAACCAGAGGGCCAGCGAUCCGCCGAGCAUCGUGGAACGGAACGCGCGGAUCAUUAAAUGGCUCUGCCAGUGCAGGAAAGUGCAGUUCGGUUAUAGCUAAACAACGAGUUCGCGGAACGGGAACAAUCGGAUAGCAACCAUUCGGUCUUGGCUAGCGCGUGCAUUCAAGUCAACGAAUGUUAAGGGUUUAUCAUCUUGCCAACGAUAGUUUUCACGCGUCGCAGGAAACUAUGCCUUAAAUUUUCAUUUAACUAGUGAAAGGUAGUAGUUAAACGUUGAACAACUAUUCUCUCGCUUCGUUGAGUUACUAAUGCUACACAGGAGUGGGUAGCAUCCUUAAUUUAUGAUGACUUCCUAUUCGCAGAAGAACAUGUGCCAUCUACUUUUGUCAUUUUUGUUAUGGAUUUUCCUGUCGCGUCCUUUAAAUCACCGCUAAACAAUUUCAGUGUGACAUUUAUCUCUGUUUUUAUCGGUACGUUUCACGUCAAAAUUUGUAUAUACGAUUCGACCAGACGGGGACGGCUGUCUGAUGUUUUACAGUCAUGUAAAAUUUUUGCCUGUUUGAAUAGUUUUGUUUUUUAGGGAGUAAAUUUAUUAUUGUACGUUAGUUGCGUUAAUGUUACAACGAGUUUAUACGUCUGAAUAUUAAAUGCGCUCCGCGUUUGUGGUUUAUUGGUUAUGAAGAAUUUAUAUAUAUAAAAAAAAAGAGAUGUUUGAAGUUUAUUAGAACGUUUUACUUUAGGGUAAUUAUUGUAAAUUGAAUGGUAGAUUGGUCGUU